GCCAUUUAGGUCCAGGCGAGGCUCGGAACCGCAUUCUCACGCUUCCGCCCGUCCGCCUAUUACUUCGCACAGGGGCCAUGAAGCUCAACAUCGCCAACCCGACGACGGGAAUGCAGAAGCUGAUCGAGGUUGACGAUGACAAGAAGCUGCUGCCUUUCUUCGACAAACGCAUGUCCGUCGAGGUGGCGGGUGACACCUUGGGCGACGAGUUCAAGGGCUACGUCUUCAAGAUCUCUGGCGGCAACGAUAAGCAGGGCUUCCCGAUGAAGCAGGGCAUCCUCUGCAACCACCGCGUGCGCCUCCUGUUCAAGAAAGGCAUGUCCUGCUACCGCGAGCGCCGCGCUGGCUGCCGCAAGCGCAAGUCCGUCCGCGGCUGCGUGGUGGGCCCCGACCUGGCCGUCCUCGCGCUCACGCUGGUGAAGAAGGGCGCCGAGGAGAUCCCAGGGCUGACCGACGACCAGAAGCCGCGCAGGCUGGGACCGAAGCGCGCGUCCAACAUCCGCAAGCUGUUCAACCUGGAGA